AUUGUACCAAAAAAAGAAAUGAUGGCUACGCGGUAGCGAAGUGCAAUCUCUCAAAUAUAUUAAGUGUUUAAUCUAUGGUGCAAUCGCAUUUACCACCUAAAAAAUAUACAAUGAAAAGACUAGUGAUACAGACUGUGAUUAAGUAUUAAUAACCUGUAAUAUAAUAAAUGAUCCAGCUAAAAUGUCUUCAUUUUUAAAAUAUCACGAAAAUAGUUCAGUAGGCGUUGACGAGGCUACAAUAAAAGACAAUGUUACGUAUUACAAAAUUAAAGUCAAAGUGGGUUCCGUUAAUUGGCAUGUAAUGCAUCGAUACAACGAUUUUGUGGAGCUUCACGAUAAACUCGUAUCAGACCAUGGUGUUGGAAAGGAAUUACUUCCGCCUAAAAAAGUUAUACGAAAUAAGACUCCUAAGUUUGUGGAACAAAGACGCGAAGCAUUGAAUGUGUAUCUGAAGGAAGUGCUAAACUAUUUAAAAUUAUCCAUGCCGUAUGAAUUCGCGCACUUUUUAGAUUUUCAUAAAUACGAUAUUUUCUUUUUAUUAACCGACUUAGCGAAGACUUUGUAUUUGGAAGGUGAUAAUUUGUUGGAGAAUGCAAAAUCUUAUAAGUUCACGCCUCUUGAGUUGCAUGCGAUUAGUGAAAGACUAAAAAUGGCGUGUCCUCCAACAGAGAAACAAGAUCAAACAUAUGAUUUCAGCCAUGUCUUAGACUUCUGUUCACAACUUCGCUCAUUGGACGUUGAAGGAAGCUAUGAAAAAUAUGGCACAAGCAACAUAAUACUAAAUGAGUUACAAUUUGAUUUCAUUCCCUUCAAGUCCUUGGUUAACUUAAGGAUACUAGGAGUUCCCAUGAGAUGCAUACAGAGUGUUGGUAGUCUACGGGACACCCUAGUCAACCUGUCAGUAUUAACGGCCACAGUAAUCUCUCUGAAUGAAUUUCUAUUAGUUGACAUCCUGCAUAAAGAACCAUCGAGUAUUGCUGAUACAGUGAAAUGGAAGAAACUCGCGAUGAUAAACUUCGGUAACAACAACAUUGAAAAUGUCGAUUGGGCUAUCAAAUUGGUCCCAAGACUUCAGCACCUGAGUCUCUCGUCAAACAAACUCAAAGAGCUUUGUGACAUAUCAAGCCUUCACGAACUAAGGAUAUUAGAUUUGUCCAUGAACUCGUUUUCGCUCUGUGAGAAGUGGCACGCUAAAAUAGGUAACGUAGUAAAAAUAGAACUAUCACAGAAUAAGGUUGAAUCGCUACGUGGGUUUUCCAGACUCUAUUCUUUAGAGAGUUUAAAUUUAGGCUGUAAUGUUAUAACGGAUGUUGAAGAGGUCCAGCAUAUAUGUAAAUUACCUUGCUUAGAGUAUCUAUGGCUGACGGCGAAUCCCGUUGCCUCGAUCAUAGAUUAUAGAGUUAAAGUCAUAGAGCAAUUCAACUCUAGAAUGUCCGAAAUCUGUUUGGAUAACGAGCGAGCUUCUGAGAAAGAACUAGACACGGCUAGGGUUUUGCAAGCAUUGAGGGUGGUUAAAGAAGGUAAAAUACCUACUUUCCUAGACAAUCAUACCAGUCAUAGUUUUAAUAAAAGUUGACAUUAAAGCUAUAAGUGUUAUAAAAAUAUUUAAUAUUAAAUUUAGUUAUGUUUGAAAUAUUUCAUAGUUUAAGUAAUAACCGCAUGUGCGGCUGUGUUGUAUGUACACAGGGUAAGGAGAAUGCUCCCGAAUCCGUAACAGUUGGUAUACUUCACGUUAGCUUAAACGGAAAAAACGUCAUUGUCAAACCAAAAUCUACUAUGUCAUGUGCACUUUUUGACCUUUUCGUAUAGUUCACAGCUCUAUCUACCGUAUAAAAAAAACUGUAAUGUGUCUAUAGCUUUAAUAUUUAUCUAUAGCUUUCAUUUGAUAUAGUUCUUAAAAAUUCACUUUCAUAUCAAAUUUUAUACGAAAAUGUAUUUACUCGUUAAUUCACAAUAGUUUUUGCACAUAGCAGAUUUUGCUUUGACAGCGACGAAAUAUUAUUCAUUAACAUAAUUCGCGGAACAGCAAUGCAAUGUGCUCGCUGUAAAACUCGACUCGUUUUGAAUAUUUUGUUACAUUGCGUGUUUUAAUUUUUUAAUAUUAUAUAUUAAGACAUGUUAAUUUUGAUAUGUAUUUUGUUGUAUUUAAUAUUUCAACAGCGUUUUAAGUUUGGUCGUUUUCGGGAACGACCUAAAUACACUAUAUUUAGAGAGCCCAAAUAAUUCAACUAGAAGGGGUCCUUUAACAGUAUUGAAAAUAGUUUUAUGUCGUAAAUCGCCUAAAAGAAAAUAGUAUUAAAAUCACGAGAGAGUAUUUUUUUUUAAAAAAUAACAACAAUUACGUUGAUUUUUUUAUUCCUUAUAUGGAUAAACGAGCUCAUAGCCCACCCGGUGUUGAGUGGUUACUGGAGUCCAUAGACAUCUAUAAAGUAAAUGCCGCUAAACACAUUGAGAUACGAUUUCUAAGGUUUCAGUACCGUACAAAUGCCCCGCUCUUCACACCGAAAUGCAUUACUGCUUCACGGCAGAAACAGGCAGGGUGGUGGUACCUACCCGUGCUGACUCACAAUACGUCCUACCACCAGUAAUUACGCAAAUAAUAAUGUUAUCUGUGUCGAGGACACAUUGUGAUCUGUAGAGCAGUCCGGUGACGUCAGACACACGUAAAAACCGGAGUUAUACGCGGUAAAUGUGUUCGACUGUCUCAUUUUUUGACUAAAUCGUGAACUACAUGUAUUAUUAUAAAACCGAGACUUAGAACUCGUGUAUCAAGGUGGGUGGCGGAAUUUACGUAAUCACUUGACACCAGGUCGGCCGUGACCUCAACUGAGCUCAUCCACUCGAGUAAACAAAAAAAAAAAACAUUUUUGAUAAUUGUAAAAAUACUUUGUGUAUGAUCUAUAGUCGAAUUAUUUUGUCCGUGCAGUUUGGGUCAUAAAAAAUCGGUGCGGUGAAGCGAGUAUUUCGCUCUCUCUUCCACUCACGAGCCUUAUGGACGGGCAUAGUGAUGCGCAUUAUUGUUGUCGAUAAGCGUUAUCGAUAGUGUAUUUAGUUUUGUCAUUUUGUGGGUUAGUGUUAUAUUAUAUUGAAUAAAUUCUGCCAUCAAAACGGCAAAGCAAAACAAAGGAGUAGCCAUUGUGUCACUAAAGAAAUUCAGAGAACGAAUUCAUAAAAACACAUAACUCUUCGACAUAAUGUACUAUAAUUUGCAGGUAAGUACAAAUUACUCUUAACAUAACAAUGUCUCACCACCCUUCGUAUACUACCCCGCCGCCGUAUACCUGCCUUCGAUGACUCAUUUGUUUUUAUCGAUAAUGGCGUUGCGCCCGCGCAACAUGCUCACGGCCCUAGCCGGGCUAUGUUUUAUGACCCAAACUGCACGGACAAAAUAAUUCUACUAUAGUGGUAUUGUUAAUCGUUUUCGAUUUUAAAAUGGAUCUGUAUUAGAUGCAACCUAACACGAACAACCUACUUAAGCAUUUUUUGUUAUGUUUGUGGGUAUUCAGUGUGUCAAUAAACGGUGAACGCAACGCAUGUUGUCUAUUAUGUACUAGUACAUCCCAUCCUCUGAAUGCCCACAAACAUAACAUUUUUAUUUUAAAAUUUUGAUUAAUGACGUUUUGAUUUAAAUUUGGCACGGUCUAUCUUUUGUCUAGUUCAGCAAAUGCCUACGUGCCUUUACUAUUUGAAUGUUAUGAGUUAUUGUACCAGAUUGACAUAGAUAGCAGUGACUUGAAUGAUUGACGUACAUUAUGUAAAAAUUGUAGUUUAAUCAGUUAUUUUAACUAAGUUCAUUUAUAUUAACAUAUUAGAAUACUUUUAAGCUAUUGCAUAGCUUUUAUCGCGGGCUUUGAGCGCGGUGAUUGAAUCGAGAAAUUCCGUAACGAAAAUAAAACCUAACACUCCUCACUCCGCCUACCAUGUAGUUCGCGUUCAACACAUUCACACGUUGCGCUUGUGUAGCGUGACGUCACACUGCGUGCGCAAUAUGAAACUUCUGCCCAUCUCUCUCGCGUGGUCUAGCUUAUGAGUGUGAAGGGGACAGUUAAUGUUUUGCUUUUGUUAAUGUUUAUAAAUAUAGCGUGGUCUUAUUUUAUUAUUGUUUUAAUAUCAAAUUAUUAUUGUCUAAUUAUAAUUGCUAAAGUUUGAUAAAAAAUGCUAUGCAAUAGCUUUACCGCGGCAGUCCCUGAGUGCCACACGUGUUUUUUUUACCAAUUCCAUGCAGAAUACUUCAAAAUUAAAUAACUUCGUAACAGUAAUAUACAUUCGCACCACAUAUGUAGUGUUUAAUCAAGAAUAUUUAUUUUUAAUAUGUUAUCAAAUGAAUAUUGAAAAAUAUUAAUAAAAUUAUGUUUAUGCUUUCAGUAUUGUAAGAUAUACGUCUAUUUGUUAUUUCCUGUUCAAUGACAAUGAAUUGAAAUCUUUGGCGUAUCAUUAAACACAAAAUAAUGUGUCUGGAUUUA